AGACCAAAGGAGGCCAGUUCGACACGAGAGUUCAGCGAGUGCGGACGGGCAAAGCGGACAAAAAAACGUUCGAAGGUGCAGAUAACAAACACGAUUCACAACAACCACAACAACAACAACAACAUUUGGCUAAUCUCUGUGUGCAAAAGCCAAGUCAAGUCAAUCAAGCAAGUCUUGUGAGGAAAGCCACGUGAAAAGCCUAAGGCUAAGAGUGCGUCUUCCAUAUGUGCCACAAGUUAGCGACUGAACUGUAAACUGUAAACUGUAAUCGCAGUAAUUAGUGAACAAGUGGAAAGAGCUGAGCCAUUGAAAGCGUAUCACAGAAAGCGUAUAUUUGUUAAGAUGCCGGAAAUUGUGGAGCUCAAUGUUGGCGGUGUCCACUAUACGACGACAUUGAAUACUCUGCUGCAGGACAAGACGACGCUGCUGCAUGAGUUGUUCGCUGGUCCGGAGGGUCGUGAUACUCUGGCCAAGGACAGCAAAGGCCGUUAUUUUCUGGACCGUGAUGGUGUCCUUUUCCGCUACAUAUUGGACUAUCUAAGGGACAAGGCCCUUCAGCUGCCCGAGGGCUUCCGCGAGAGGCAGCGACUGCAGCGUGAGGCGGAGCACUUUAAGCUGACGGCGAUGCUGGACUGUAUUAAGGGGGACAGGGAUGCCCGACCUCCUGGCUGCAUCACCAUUGGCUAUCGGGGCAGCUUUCAGUUCGGCAAGGAUGGCCUGGCCGAUGUCAAGUUCCGCAAGCUGUCGCGGAUUCUCGUUUGCGGUCGGGUGGCCCAGUGUCGUGAGGUGUUUGGCGAUACGUUGAACGAGUCCCGGGAUCCGGAUCAUGGUGGCCCAGAUCGCUAUACGUCGCGCUUCUUCCUCAAGCAUUGCUUCAUCGAGCAGGCCUUUGACAACCUGCAUGAUCAUGGAUAUCGCAUGGCUGGCAGUUGUGGUUCCGGCACGGCAGGAUCUGCUGCAGAGCCCAAGCCGGGCGUGGACACGGAGGAGAAUCGCUGGAAUCAUUACAAUGAGUUUGUUUUCAUUCGGGAUUAAAGAAACGCCAUAGCUGCGGUUCCCAAUAUUCUUAUGUUUGUGAUAACAACUGAAAAAUAUCAUAUAGAGAUAUGAAUACUCUUCCUAACAAACUCAAUGGAAUACUGGCAAAUGGAUUGAAAACCUGUUUAGCUAACAUCGAUAUGCAAUAGAUCAAGAAACUUUCCCUAAAGAAUCUUAGGAAAAUUCCAAUUCCAACAUUUACCAUUAUGAUAAUCUUAACCACAAAAUCUCACAUGAUUUAAGCCCACCUUUAUAAGUAUUCCAAUGGGAACAUUUUAAGCGUACAAUUUAACUAACAGUCCCAAUGAGAAAAUGCAGUUUAUUUAACCAAAGAGAUGCCCGUUUAUUUACCUCUUCAACAACAAUAUAUUGUAUCUUAUUGGACUAUAUACUAGCUGAUAAACAAUCCGCAGAUCGAUAUUUGAAAUUGUUAUUGAAAUGGAAAUGGAAAUGAAGUUUGAUGCCGAAAUAAGAAAUCACUUUUCAAAUAUGAACAAAUUUAGUAAUAAACUUAUAAACAAUAUAUAGAAGUAGGAAAGCUGUAAGCUAUCACAUUGAACUAUUUAAAUACGGGUCACUUCUUGAGCAAAUAGAAAGAAUCUCAGUCAAAAUACAAGUAUUUUCCCUAUAACUCUCCCCCAGGUAAAAAUACAAGUAUAUGAACAAUUCUCAUGCUUUGUAGGAUACUUUAAAGAAAUGCUAACAAAAUGGUAUUUAAAUGGAAUAUUUAAUGUAAUUAUUACUAGCCAAUCCGAUUACAAAUAGUCGUUACUCAAACAGAUAAUGUCAAAUCUCCCUCUCAUAGUACAACAACAAUGCAGUGCAGAUAAAUAAAUACAAGAAAAAUGAUAAAUAUAAGAAAUAAAAAUAUAUAUAUUAUACUUAGAACAAUGUGGAAACAUCUGGCACCUAAGGGAAGCCCAUGAAUGUUUCCCAUAAACGCAGCCAAUAAAAAAAGCAAACAUACAAAAUUUAGUUUAUACACACACACACACUCACACCACAACACAAUCACACACCCAAAAGCAGAAUCAAUAUGAACAAAUGCGAAUGUUUUGCUUUUUCCUUUUCAGUAUCAAACAAAAGCGCCGAGAGUAGGAAAACUGUCAACAAAAUGUCGAGCAAAUAAUGCUGUCAACGAGCAUAUCUAUCUGUAACUGUGAAACUAAACUAAAUUAUGUCAUGAUAAAUAUCCCAUCAAAGCAGAAACUCUGCAAAAUGAUGGACAGAUAAAUACGUAAAGAAAUUGUGUGAAGAAGCGCGAAUAUAAAAAGCGUAUCUUUUGAUUUGACUCUGACAACAGAGAAAACAUUCAAAUAAUUCUUAGAACCCUUGCAGAAUAUAUUUCACAUAGUCAAGAAAAAGUUAGCGAAUCGAACUAAUUAGCUGAAUCAAUAUAGUCAAGCCCAGCUAUAUCUUUUAGCUUUAUAGAUAUAUGUGCUAGAUUUUAUUUGAGCAAAGAAAAGUGUCAAAUCAGCAUUAGCAACCACAUUCUACUGCACUAACAACAAUCUGCAAGGGUAUUCAGGCUAUUUAUUCAAUUUAUUAAUUUUUUUUCGAAUCUUGUUAAGAGUGUUUUGAAAUAUUUCUAAACAUUUACCCCAAUUUAAAUGUCAAACAAAUCGAAAAUUGCCAAAGUAUUAAUAAAUACAUAAAGAACUUCCAUUAAAAUUACACAAAUCAUACCAAAAAUUUGCUGAACUCUAUAAUAAACAAAAAAAAAAUUUCAUAGGCUAAAAGAAGGCCUACAUAAAACUCAAUCAAUGUAUCGACUUUAAAGCAUAUAUCAUUGGAUCAGGAUGCAUAAAGAUGAAUUUGGCUUGGCUAAAGCUAAGGACAUUUAAUUUGUGUAUUGUUUAUGGCUUUUUCAUUGACACAAAAACAUAAAACAUAAAUAAAUACGAGUAUUUACAUUAAUAUGUAUAAAUGUCUGUGUGUCAUGCGAUCAAAAGCAAAAUAAACGAAAUGAAAUGAAACGAUAAUUGUAUAAUACGAAAGUCACAUGCAUGUUCACAUGUGUGUGUAUGAUGUAUGUAUAUUAAAUAGCAGAAUUUUUGGGAAUUUAGUAUCGAGAAUAGCAGGCCCCACUAUAUAGUUUAUGUUGAGGAAAUCUAGCCCGUAUUCGUAUACAUAUAUACUUAUAUACAAAUAUGAAUAAAUAUAAAUAUAUUUAAACCAAAUGUCGAUAUUGAAGUAUCUAUAAAUGUUUAGAAUUACUCGUAAUAAAUGCAGCACAAGCAAAUAAACAUUAUUCAAUAAAUGAUUUAUGAAUAAAGGAAAAAGA